AUGGCGCGAAAUCUUGCGCACUCACGCGCGCAAAAGCCGUACCCUUCUAGCUACCGGUCGAGCCUCUCCAAGGCGACAUCGGAUGGCUCUGCCUCCGACUCCGACUCUAUCAAGAGCAAGCUUGGCGCCGCCAUCAGCGUCUCCAACAUCCCGCCUCUCGGCGAGCCGAUCGAGAACCUGGGCCGCCUUCGGUACUUCUGGGGACGGCAGAAGCACGAGCUGGACAGAAUCGCGACACAACCCUCCGUGUUCGACGACCCGGCCUCGCUUGAGGUCUACCGCCCGCCCGCAGUGUGGGAGAACGCGCACCGGUUUGACCCCCUGGCGCGCUGGACAUGGCGCGAGGAGACGCUGACGCGGGUUGCGUCACAGCGCAUCGUGCGGAAGAUAGACCUGCUCAUCAUGGUAAACAUAGAUAGCUGCCUGCCCGACCUCGGCCUCACGACGAACGACUUCAACCUCGGAAACACCUUGUUCAAGCUGUGCUUCUUGAUCGCGGAGCUCCCUUCCCAGCUCAUCUCGAAGCGCGUUGGACCGGAUGUUUGGAUUCCGAGCCAGAUGGUUCUGUGGAGCUUUGUCUGCGUCGGUCAAUUCUGGCUUUCUGGCCGUGGGAGCUUCCUCGCCACGCGGUGCCUCCUCGGGUUCUUGCAAGGCGGCUUCAUCCCCGAUGUCAUCCUCUAUCUCUCCUACUUCUACACCAAGAGAGAACUGCAACUUCGCGGCGUCAACGGCAAGGCUGGCUGGCGGUACCUCUUCCUCAUCGAGAGCGGCUUCACGCUACUCGUCGGGUUCGCCUCGUUCUUCAUGAUGCCCCCAAGCCCAACUCAGACGAAAGCGUGGCUCCGGCCGAACGGAUGGUUCACGGAGAGGGAGGAGACGAUCAUCGUGAACCGCGUGCUGCGCGACGACCCCUCGAAGUCGGACAUGCACAACCGCCAAGGGCUGUCGGUCAAGAACCUGUGGAACGUGAUCAAGGACUGGCGCAUGUGGCCCAUCUACACCCUCGGCCUUACCUUCCUCGUCCCAGUCACCCCGCCGCAGACGUGCCUCACGCUCUCGCUCCGGAACCUCGGCUUCACCACGACGCAGUCGAACCUGCUCUCAGUGCCAUCGAAGGUGUUCGGCGUGCUCCUCCUCCUCGCCUCCUGCUACCUCUCCGAGAUCAUCGACUCCCGCGUCGCCGCCACCGUCCUGCUCCACGCGCAGACGAGCCAGUGGGCGUACUUCGCCGUCGUCUCGCUCGUCACCGGCUUCCCCUACCGCUUUUGGACUCACGCUAUGUACCUGCAUUUUGUAUUCUACGUACCUUUUGAGCAACCAACACACACCCUCUGCUACGACUACGCCCUACGGACGGCUCGGCGGUCGUCCUGCUCGCCUACGACUCUCCUGCGGGCAGGCUAUGUGACGUCCCGGCCGCCGACCGUCACAUCGACGAACUCGUCCGGGGUCGGGACGCGGACGGUGUCCGCGUCGCUGUACAACAUGUUCGUGCAGGCGGGCGGGAUCAUCGCGGCGAACAUCUACCGGGACGACGAUAAGCCUCUCUACAAACGCGGGAACCGCGCGCUCAUCGGGAUCACGGUGAUGAACAUCGUCCUCUACCUGUUCACCUACUUGUUCUACCGCGCGAUCAGCCAGCGGUGCGACCGGAUCUGGAACGGGUGGGCGAAGGAGCAGCAGCAGCGCUGCCUGGACACGACGAGGGACGAGGGCAACGCGCGGAUGAACUUCCGCUUCGCGUAUUGA